UGUUUCCGUAAGCAUGUAAACAUAUCUUUAGUAUUGGUUAUAUUGUCAUGCUUUGCAGAUGAUUUUAAUGAAUUUAAAGAAACGCGUCGCUUAAGAAAGAAAAAAAACGACUUUUGUCUUAUAAACAUCACAUUUUCAGAUAAUUGAAUGUUGUUUGAUUUUUGUUUUAUAUAAUAUUAGUAUAUAUGUUAAACAUGUAACGUGAGGAACCGGUUUAAAGCAGCGCUUUAAGUAGUGUGCAUUAUUGGGGGUGGAUCAGGCUGAUGAAAAGAAAAUGGCUGCCGGGUUUAACUGGUUCCUUGUACUGAGCUGUGUGUUUCUGUGCAACCUCGUCAAAACAUUGCUGCCAUCCAUUUCUUCAUUUCUGUCGAAGAUCUUUCAGAAAGAUGCUGACCAGGAGACGGAGAUGAGGGCGGAGAUCCAGAACAUGAGGAUGGAGCUGUCCACCAUCAGCAUGAUGGACGAGUUCGCCAGAUACGCUAGACUGGAACGCAAGAUCAACAAGAUGACUGAUCAACUUAAGACUCUUGUCAAGUCAAGAACUGCACAGCAAGCAAAAAUGAAAUGGAUUGUGAAUAUUGUAUUUUACGUUUCUCAGGCGGCCCUCAUGAUCUCACUCAUACUGAAGUAUUAUGCAGAUCCGGUCACUGUUGUGCCCAGUAAAUGGAUUGCUCCACUGGAGAGACUAGUAGCCUUUCCUUCUGGAGUUGCAGGUGGUGUUGGAAUCACAUGCUGGCUAGUUGUCUGCAACAAGGUGGUGGCCAUCGUUCUUCAUGCUGUCAGUUAAACUAUGAGCUUUAUAUCAACAUCACUACACAGUCACUGGAUUUUCAUGAAUUGCCUAAGCCAGUGGUUCUCAACCACAUUCCUGGAGCCCCCCAGCACUGCACAUUUUGCAUGUCUCCUUUGUCUGACACACCCAUUUGUGGUCUUUGAGUUUGGGGACCCACUGUCCUACAAAGUUUAUAUCCAGUCUGCUUCAACACAACUGAGUUUCACACCAGUGUGAUUUUCAGGUGAUCCUGAAGAGCUUGAUUAGCUGGUUAAGGUGUGUUUGAUUAAAGUUGUAGCUCAGUGGUGCCCAGUCCUGUUCCUGGAGAUCUACCUUCCUGCAAAGUUCAGCUUCAGGAGCACUUGAUAAUUACAGGCAGGUGUGUUGGAUCUGAACUCUGCAGGUAGAUCUCCAGGAACAGGAUUGGGCGCCCCUGCUCUAAAUAAACAGUGCUGAAGAUCUCUGGCCUAAAAAAAAUACUAGUCACUGUUCCGUUAAACAGUUCAAGUCUGUACUUACAAAUUCUUGUUUAAUGACAUUAAAAUGUUUUUAUUAUAGUUAGUAAAUGCUGACAUGUAAACUAAACAUUCCUAACAAACUUCAAAACACUGGUUUAAGCUGUGAUAUAAGUUGAUGCCAUCAACAGGUUUGGUGUUUAUUUAUUAUGUGUACCAUAAUUGUAUAUUUGGGCAUGUUUUGGUGUUUUUUUUUUUUUUUUUUGGUGAGCGUUACAAAUCUAUUUAUUGAUUUGUUUUUCAAAGAAAAAAUGUCAGUGUAUUAAUAAAUGUGUAAAUGAAAAUGUA